AUGGAUCAUGCUUUUUCAAUAGCUUCACUGUUAGAUGGUAAUAAAACAAAAUUAUUGAACAAUCUAAAUUAUACAAAUAAUGAUGAACAUAUCUAUGAUAAUGCUCAAAGUACAGUUGGUAAUAAUUCAAAUUGUAUUAUGCACGGUGAAAACAAUAAUACACAUAAUCUAUUUUUACAAAAUAACAAUUCUUUUCAGACAAAUUCACUGUGUACAACAAUGAUUUCUAAAGUGAAUUUACCGUUUGGUAUAACACGAUCAACAAGGUCAGUAAAUGACUCUAUUUUCUGUUCUAAAUUACACCAUGAUGAUUUUCAUGAUUUAAAAAAUCCAUCCGACUCAAUUCAAAGACAAGAUGUUGAUGAAAAUGAUCGAACCUCUUUAAGACAGAAACAUCAAGGGAAUAAUGAUAGUACUAAUAACAAGAAUUCCGAAAACCAUUCAUCAAUGGAUCAAAUCGAUUGGACAUUUAACAAACAUUAUCAAAAUAAGAAUGAAUCAAAUCUUAAUGAAACCUGUAACAAUAAUACCUAUAGUUCGGAUCAUACUUUGCAGAAAAAUAACGAAUUAAUUUCCUUGUUCACUCACAUCAAUAAGAUUAGACGUGACCAUGAUAAUAAUAGUAAUGAUAACAAUACAGUUGAUAUUACUUCCACAACUGCUAGUAAUACGAUCGAUAAUUUUACUGAAACAUUGAUCAGAAAGUGGUCUACAAAUGAUGCACAAUUAAAUUUAGUCACCAAAUCACUUUAUGAUACUUCGAAUAUACAUGAUGCAAAUGACAAUUAUAAAAAUGGUAGUUUUAAUACAAAAAAGUUUGACAAAGCUUGA